ACUGGUUAAAACCAGUUCUUAAAACGACGAAUUUUUAGGCGAAUUUUCUUUGCCGUCCCUUACAGUCGCCGCAGCGAUUAAAAGCUGUUUUAAAUAAAUAUAUUUGAGAUAUUAAAUCUAUAAUUAAGUAUUUACCCUGUUUUGUCAAAUGUAAACAAAUAUAUAGAGCCAACUGUGGUUACCUCAGGCUCCUCCUACGAACAAUUUCUGUUCGUAAGGGUCUAUUUAGCUUACCAUCAGGUGAAAAUAAACAUUCUGGCUAUUUUUUUAAACGUAUAUAGUCUUAUACUUAUGUAAAACGAAUAUGACUAUUGUAAGUUUCAUUAUGAACAUUCUCCACCAGAGGUCACACAAACAUAAUAAAUGGUCAUCAACAAGCAUUUUGAUUAGCCCAAUAGCCUACCCAGUAUAUAGCUAAUGCAUUCAUAUAGUCUUGAAUAAUAAGUAUUUGGAAAUAGACCUGAUAUGACGACAAAAUGUGGUCUUAUAGCCUACUUAUCUGCUCUUUAUACCUUUUGAAAGAACUGAAGUACACACAAUAACGCGCGUUUACAUGUAGGAUAGCCUAAGCUAAAUCUCUGUGAAAUUCUUUAAAAAUAGUUAUGAUUAAAAGUAUGCUGAAUAAGAUGUAGGCUAAAAUUGGGCUUUUAAAAUGUUCGAUAGUAGCCUAUUAUAAUAUUUCCACUAAUAUUUCCACAUUUUCAUAGGAUACCUAAAACUGUAUAAGGCUAAUGCAAGUGGACAACGGUCAUCUAUAUGUGUUUUAGAGGAGUGUAAAUCGGCCUUUCCUUGCUGUGAGAUCCGGGGAUGCUGCUGCACUCGCGGCUUUGAGCAGAUUCUUUACUGUCUCCACGACAACCACAACCUGACGCAAUUUACGCCCCUCCUCCAUUCGAGCCUCUCAUCUCAUUCAAGAAACAAGUGUAGAGUAAAAGCAGUGUUAUUGUGCUCUCCAGUAGAGCAGGACGCGAAGACUACAAGUGCCUGAUAAACUACUAUGAAGGAAAGGAUCAAGAAGCAAGAUAUGUUUGGAUGACUACACUACUGGGAUGAUACUGCUGGAGAAAUGGAAGGUCAAUAUAUGCAUUGUUGAUUUAUUUUAUAACCCGGAGACUCACCAUCCAUGGUAACUGCAAGCAAAUCCAAAGGCCAUGGAUGCGAGCUCAAUACCUCAGAUUAAUAUAGAGGACUAUGAUGGCCUUGAGGUUGCCCCAGAUGAUCAUUUGAGAAACCUGAAAGCACUGACUGAGAAGCUAAGACUUGAAACCAGAAGGCCAUCAUAUCUUGAGUGGAAGGAACGUGUGGAAGCUCAGAGCUCCAGAGGCUCGGCCGUGCCAGAGAGCUCAUCAGAGCUGGAGAACGGUGCUGGACUGAAGCCCAGUGCGAUACCUCAGAGGAACAUCGAGAAUUCCCAAGUGACUGCAGGAAACGGCCUGAUCUCUAAAAGCCUUGGAGGAUUCGAUAAUAUUGACGAAGCUCUGGUUUGGCUUAGAAAAGAACUGAUGGAGAUGCGCAUCCAGGACCAGCAGUUGGCACGCCAGCUCAUGCGACUACGCAGUGACAUCAACAAACUCAAAGUGGAGCAGACGUGUCACCUGCAUCGUCGAAUGCUCAACGACGCCACCUUUGGCCUGGAGGAGCGUGACGAGCUGUCGGAUCUUUUGUGCGAUGGACCCGUCACGCCGGGGUUUGGCCUCUCUUCACCACUGCGCCUCAUUGGUGUCACAAAGAUGAACAUCAACUCCAGACGCUUCUCUCUUUGCUAGCCAUUUACUGAUUGACCCAAGAGCAAAACAAGAGAAUAAGCGACUCAAAAGUGAAAUGAAUAAUCUUCGACAACUGUUUUGAAACCCAUGAGAUCUGUUGUCAGAGAACAUCCUGUGCCUCUUGGUCAAUGUACUUGUGCCAGUGAAACCAUUUGAAUUAAUCGAAUGAACAAUAGACAAUGACUUCUAAAAAAUGUCUGACCCAUCAGCCACGGCUUUAUGCCUUAGAUACAGUCCUUGUUGUGGUCAUAAGAUAUCAACAGCUGUUUCUUACCACAAACAUGCUCUGUUCCAAAACCAUGUUGUGCACCCUUUGACACGAAAGGCUGUUCCAAAACAGGAGGCACUGUAAAUCUUGUGUCUCUAAGAUACCUUGAUAAGAUACCAAAUUCUGAGGAAGUAUUUAUGUUGCCAAUUCUGCGGUUUUCCACAGAAUUGGGCUACUUUUAAGGCAUUGCAGCAGGAAAAAUGUUUUCCGCAGGUUGAUUUCCACCCCCGUACGUACAAUUUUGCCGCUCCAACAACUCCAAAACACCCACCAGACAUACAAAUUCAGUGGAGAAUUCCGGCGCCCGAUGGAGAAAAUCGCAUUGGGCUAUUUUUGUUGCACAGACCUAGCAACCCUGAAAGCGACCCCAUAACGCAUUGCGAUAAGCUUAGUAAAGCAAUGCAUACAAGAUUAUGGAUGAGACGUUAAUUAUGAAUAAACGUGCAUAUCAUUCAAUAGGUAAUGCUACUCUUAUUACACGCUACUUGCCACAUAAGUAAAUAAUUGACUUUAAAUGCAAAGUUUCUGCGAAGAAAGCAGUUGUUAGCAAGCGGUAAGUUCAAACUAGACGGACAUUUAAGGGAUACGGUACAGUCAUACCACUUAUUCCACAGCAUUUCGUCACAUAAAUAAUUACUGGGAUAAGAGAUAUUGAUUUUAAACUAAACUGUUUUAAAAUCGUACCUGUUUUUCAUAUUAUAAUCCAUAACAGUGCACAAAACAAUCACGGCAAAAUGGCAGCAGCUGCGUUUGUAUGAAACGAGAGAGCGAGUCCGUGAUACCGGAUGACAUAAUUAAAUAACUGUACACAAAAUAUUGAUUUGCGUUUUAAUAUUUUAUUAGCUCACCAAAUGCGAAACUUCCACGUGGAAAAAACGGUUCUAGCAAGCGCAAAGCGCAGACUUCAGUUACCCGGAUGAGCCUGUGUUAUCAGUUUUUAGCGGUUGUUAUUGGGGGAUAACAUACCGUUGGAUGGCGCGAUUGACCAAUCAGAAUCAAGUAUUCCACAGAGCUGUGUAAUAAUGAAAAGUAUUGAUUAAUGUAAUUUAAAUGUGUUAUUCUAUAAUAUUUUUUAUGCUUAUUAGUGCACCGCAUUAGCUUAGCUACAUGUUAACGUCAAGCUCUCUAGAGUGUAACAGUGCCCGUCCACUUUUUCUGUGGCCUUGGUUCUGGAAGUAUUUUUCCCAUUUAUUUUCCCAUAGGGAUUUAAAAAAAAAAAAGUCUUGUUUAAGAGUUAUAAGCCAUGAACCAAUGAACCAAACCAGCCAGCUAAUAACAACAUUUCAAACUUUGAUUUGAAGGGAAAAAAGUAUUUGAAAAUCAGACAAAACACAAAGGUAGUUAACGGACUGUUUACUUAAUGGCUUCAGUGCAGGAAAGAACUACAAUCCCAUGAAGCAUUGCAAAUGGCAUAAUGAAAAUAAUAACUAUGGCUAAAUAUAAAACUAUUGAUUAAAAGAUUUUUAUUAUGUAUAUAGAAACAAUAUUUUAUGUGGUAACACUUUACUUGAAGGGGUGUGCAUAAGACUGACAUGACCCCUUCAUAAUCAUGACAUGACAGGUUUUAUGCAUGUUUAUGACAACUGUCAUUAAAUUUCAUUCGCUCAGUUAUGUCAGUUUUAAUGCAAAGAUAACAUUGUUUGAGAUGUCUGUGUAAUGACAACUUGACAUAAACCAAUACAUCAUAACCUGUCAGUGUCUUUGUCAUGACAACUUGACAUUACGAAGACAACAUAACCUGUCAUAAACAUGACAUAGCAGAUUAAUUAUCAAACUUAAGAAACUACUUAGCUUUAUGGGUUAACAUUACAUUACAUUAUUUUGGUAACACUUCAGUAUAGGGAACACAUACAUAAACUAUUAACUAUGAUUUUUCCCUCAAUAAACUAAUUUACUGCUUAUAAAUAUAGUUAAUUGUUAACUUUAGGUAUUGGGCAGGAUUAAGAAUGUUCCAUGCAGGUCAUGCAGAAUAAGGCAUUAAUAUGUGCUUGAUAAGUACUAAUAAAUAGCCAAUAUUCUAGUAAUGUGCAUACUAAUAGUAAUAAGCAACUAGUUAAAAGACCCUAAAAUAAAGUGUUACUAUUUUUUUAUAACAGUGUCAUCUUUUUUUAAGAAAUUUGAUAUUGUCUAUUAUCUGACCUUCUGUUGGAGGAAACUUUAAAAAAAAAAAAAAAAAAAAAAAAACAUUAUUAAAUGAAAACUAUUCAUGACGCUGUUAUACAAUUAUUUGACAGAGUAUUAACACUUAAUGACAUUUUAAUGACAAAUUCAAUUUGUACCACUGUAGUUGAGGUCAAGAAAAAUAUUCAUGACACUAUUAUAACAGCCUCAUGACAGCCAAUGUCCAAACCAACCACAUGACAGUUUAAUGUAAUGUGUAACUUUAUAAAGCUAAAUAAUGUCAAGUUGUCAUGACAAAGACACUGACAGGUUAUGAUGUACUGGUUCAUGUCAAGUUGUCAUUACACAGACAUCUCAAACAAUGUCAUCUUUGCAUUAAAAAUGACAUAAUUGAGCGAAUGACAUUUAAUGACAGUUGUCAUAAACAUGCUUAAAACCUCCUUCAUAUUCAUGUCAUGAUUAUGAAGGGGUCAUGUCAGUCUUAUGCACACCCCUUCAAGUAAUGUGUUACCUUUUAUGUUUAUUGCAACAUAUGCAUAUACAUUUGAAAUAUUUAAGUAGGAAACUGACUCAUUUCUUUGCAGUAUCAUGAUAAUGUAGUUUUUUUUCAAUUCUGCUGUUAAACGUGAUGUUUUAAGAAAUACGCUGGAAUAAUGCUGGCUGAUGGCUUUAGCAAAAAACAAGUCGAUUAAAAACCUUGUAGCUCACAGUCGUUUAGUCUUUAAUUGGUCACAAGUUAUUUUUAAAAAUCAGUUGCCCUGUGGGAAAAACGAGUGGUAUUUUUAUUUCCAGAACCCGCUUAAAAUGAAUCGAGAAUCCCAUGUGGAAUGCACACAGACUUGCUGCCUAUCUAGAGCACUCCAAAUCGUCCACUUAUGAGGUUUCAUGAUGAUUACGAUCUAGGCCGGAGUGAGGCAGAUCACGUUUUGGAACAGAGCUAUAAAGCCUUAAAUCAGUUUUGCUUAUAUAUGAUACAAAAAUGUCUAUGAAUCUUCAUGUUUGCACUCUAUCCUAAGAUUUUUUCUACACACAUUUCUAUUUUAUAUAGAAAAAAAUGCACCCAUAUCUUAUAAACAUGGCUUGGUUGUGGUUAGAUACAGAAAAGCUUACCUGGUAUAAGAUAAUCUUACAGUAAAGAUAUCAUUUGCUAUGUACAGUCUAAUAAUAUCUCAAUCUAUAGAGCAUCUGUGGGGAAGCAUGCAAGAUUUUUCACAGAAAGUGUCUGAUAAAUCAUCCAUAUAAUAUAGCAAUAAAUGUUUUACGGUACGUUGUUGUUGAGUUAGUAUGUCGGUAAUAAAGGAAGCAAGAAGGGUCAUCUCUGUACCGCUUUGAGUUCAUUGGGCUGAUGCCAAUCUCUAAGUAUGUAGCCAAUUACUCUUAAGUGGUUCCAUUUUGGCCAAUUUGGGAAGACCGUCUCAGUAGAUCUCCAUCAUUCAAAUGGCAUGUUUUCAUAAACAAAAACUCCAGCAUAUGUUCAAAGGCUACGAUAAUAAAAUGCCAUUACAAGA